CACCACCCCUUCCACUCUUCCUUCUCCUUUCGAAAGCCCUCUACAGCGUAUGUCGGCCUGAAUAUCUCAUGGAUGACUCCGCGCUUGCCCGCGUUGAGUUGCAGCGGGUCGAGCUCGAGAAUAACAUAGCGAAACUCCGCAAAUCACUGCGACACUGGCAGACGCUUGAGAUCGACUACGAGGGGCUUAAAGAAGAAUACCUAGGCAUUCCUGAAGAUGCCUCCGCCGAUGACUGCCUUAGAGCAGCAAGAGACUUCAAGCCAGACCUCAUCGAUGAAAACGAGUUGCAGGAAUUACUGAGGGACAAGCAUUCCCGGCCUCGCCAACCUUCUCAGCUUGUGGAUUUGCUGUCGAAACGUGUGGACUAUGUCAUUCGAAAUAUUGAGACAAUAAGGAAGCAGCUCUCGGACGCAGAAAAGAAGCGGAAUGCUCUACUCCUUGCAGAGGAGCCUGAUCAUCGAGACGAGGCUGGCCUACCUCUAGCCGAAAUUACUGAGGAGCUCGAUGACGCUGGACAGGUCAUAUCCAGCAAAGUGGAGACUCCAGGCGCCGACGCUCCUCAAUUAAUAGACGUAUUGAAGAGGGCUGGCGUCCAUGAUCUGGAGGAGAUGAACGGCACAAUCACGAAAACCGAGCCCCCAGCAAAACACGUGGAUCGAAAGUCGCCGGCGUCGCAUAGAACGGAAGAUGAGGCUGAGGAGAGGAGCGCUCAUAGCAAUACACCAGGAAUCGCUACAGAUCAAGAAGUGAAGUCCUUGACAGGGGUCUUCCGGACAAAUCCGAAUGACACGGAAGCUGAGGCUGAGCUACGCCGAGAAAUGCUUGAAUACUCACGGGGUUUGGACGAAGUCGGAGCUAUUGUCGCCGAGCUCGAGCUGGAAGAGAAUGCAUCCGAUCUUUCUUACGACGAGGAUGAAGAUGGCCUGGAGUUUGACUCUGAGAUGGAACUGGAGGAGGACCUGGAAGAGGACGAGUCAGAAGAUGAAUCUGGUAAGAGCAAACAUGCUCUGUCUUUGCCACGCGGUUAUCAGAAGAAGAUGGAGGAGUUGCAGGAGAAGCUCGGGCUGAAGAAUGUUGGACCUCUGCCAGAAAUUGAAGCCACAAUUGAGCAACUCAGGCAUGACGGACGACCGCCAGCGGCCGAAGCAGCCCGGAAGGCAGCUAUCGCCAGACACGAUAAAUCGAAGAAGGGGGGGUUGAAGACCGCUUUGAGCAAGUCUGCGGAAGUCGAUAAAUCAAUCAAGGAGAAGCCCAGCAAGAAGAAAGUGGCUUUCUCUACAGAAUUGGAUAUUGCUCCCGAAAAGCCCUCUGCUAGCGCAAAUCCUCAACUUAACAGACCGGCCCUCGAAGACGCUCAAGAUUCAAAGUUGCGACCCAUCAAAGAUUCAGUCGUCGAGCGAGUGACCGACCAAGACGAGGAAGAGCCUACUGUUGUCCCGGCAGCUCCGGCCCCAAAGGCCGCCAAAGAGUCAAGGUUCAAAGCCGCGCGCGAAUCUCUACCACUGACGCCCAAGUUCGCUCCCCCAAUGACAUUUCCAGCAGAAAGAGUCAAGGACAAAGACUCUUCUCCUCACCCUCCGUCCACAAUCGUCUCUCCGCAGCUCGUGGAGCGGCCGUCUGCAAAAGCUCCAAAAGCUCCCGGUCCGGAUGAGUUUUCGGAGGAGGAUCACCAGCGGGAGAUCGCGGUGGAAUACCAACAACAUAGGAUGAAACGCAUACUCUCCCAAGAUGGCGGGUUUCUAGGCAAUAGUGAAGACGGUGAGAUAACCCCUUUGGAGGAGGAGAACGGGCGCAAAGUCAGCAGAUUCAAGGCCGCAGGCAUCAAGCGACGAGGUUUGUGAGAGUAUCUUUCCAAAAUACUCUUCCCAAUCAUAACAGUUGCACGCCCUGGCAGAGACACUCAUACUUCCUUCGUUUGAGAUUUGUCCUAAUGUACACCUACCUCCCCGUUCUCUAGGCUGUGUUCAUCGUCUUGAGAUCUUGUUUUCGUUUGUCUCCGGAGCCGUCAAGAAUUUCUCUAUGCUACGCAGAAUUUGUAGGAUCAAUCUACCUAUUCUCACAUGACGGAGCUCCCAGAUGGAGUGAUUG